AUGUCCAUUGACUACAGGCAAGUCGAUUAUAGUAGUGAUGUAAUUAGCUACGCAAAGACGCUCCUCACUCUGCAAAUAGACUCUAGAAGCAUUCCCAUCCUUAACACCAUUGUUCAAAACUAUGUCGGCGACUGCCAGUAUAGGCAGCAAAGGAUCCUACCGCAGCAGAACCAAAAGAGCCAACAGGCCAUAAAGAAGUGA